CCAAGUCCGCUCCCUCCGCCGAGCAGCAAGAGAAGAAGAAGAGCGAACGCUAUUAUGCUGCAUCUGAGAGUCAUCACUCGCCUUCGAACCCCUCUACGAUCGCUCCCCAGAAUCCUCCUCACCCCCUUCUCCUCGCCCCCUCCUCCUUCGCCGCCCUUCCUCCGCCCGCCUCCCCCGAUCUCGCCCCCCUCCGCCCCCUUCUCCACCACCUCCUCCUCCCGCAGGCGCCGCGGCGGUGGGGACGCGGAGGCCGAUGAAAGCGACGGGGCCGGCGUCUCCCUCUUCGGCCGCGACCCCACGCAUCCGCCGAAGCUGUUCGUGGUCCAACCCCGCCUCCGCCCCGACUCCCUCCUCCACUCCAAGCUCUCCGAGGCGCUCAAUCUUGCCAACUCCCUCGAGGAGCGGAGGGACGGCGUCUUCGCCGAGGACUACGGCUCGAAGGAGCCGCCGCCACACCUCGUCGUGCAGAACCCCGGUGCCAGAUCCCUCAGGGUGCACUCGGACACAUAUUUUGGACGGGGGACUGUUGAAAAUGUCAAAUGCGAACUAAGGGCCUUGGUGACAGAGAAUGCAAUAGAUGCAAUUUUUGUUAAUGCAAUUCUUUCUGGGAUCCAGCAGCGCAAUUUGGAGGUUUCAUGGCAGAAACCAGUCUUAGAUCGCAUUGGUCUUAUUAUAGAGAUAUUCAAUGCUCAUGCUGAAACAAAAGAAGCAAAAUUACAGUCAGAGUUAGCAGCUCUUAUGUAUAAGAGGACAAGGCUUGUACGAGUUCGUGGUCCAGGUGGCCGGAUGACUUUUGGAACAAGUGGAGAAGCUGAAGUUGUUAGUGCUCGGGGGAGAGGAAGUGGAGGCCGUGGCUUUAUUAGUGGUGCUGGAGAAACUGAACUGCAGCUUCAACGUCGGAGAAUUCAAGAGCGACGAAUCCAUAUACUAUCCCAGAUUGAGGAAGUUCGACGAACACGGUCUCUGCAACGUUAUGCACGUAGAAGGCAUGGUAGUUCAUAUGGUCAGGGCCUAGCAACUGUUGCUGUUGUUGGAUAUACAAAUGCUGGCAAAUCUACCUUAGUCAGUGCUCUUUCUGAAAGUGAUUUAUAUAGUGAUGAUAGAUUAUUUGCAACUGUGGAUCCUCGAGUAAGAAGUGUUGUCCUUCCGUCAGGGAAAAAGGCGCUUCUUAGUGAUACUGUUGGAUUCAUCUCAGAUUUGCCUGUACAGCUAGUGGAGGCCUUUCAUGCAACCUUGGAAGAAGUGGUUGAAGCAGAUUUAUUAGUGCAUGUACUAGACUCUAGUUCACCUGAUCUUGAUGCGCAACGUGAAGCUGUACUUCAAGUGCUGCAACAGCUUGGUGUGUCAGGGGAAAAGAUUAAAAAUAUGAUUGAAGUUUGGAACAAAAUUGAUCUUCUUGAAAGCAACGGUGGAGCUGAUGAAUGUUUUGGUGAAGAAGAAAUAAUAGGUGAAGAUGAAGAAGAAUACCCAGAGGAUGAUAUGACAUGUGAUCCUUCAUCUGGUAAGCCUGUAGAUGAGGAUGAUGAUGCCAUGGCUUCUGAAUUUUCACAAGAAGAAAGUCUGGAUAAUGCUGACGAUGUGGCAUCUGAGUUCUCCUGUGGUGAGCAUAUGGAUGAUAAUGAUGAUUAUGAUGAUGGCGACAUUGCUUCUGAUGUUUCAACUGAAGAGGUUAUGGAAAAUUUUGAUAACAAAGAUGUUGACUCCUUGGUGGAAUGUGAUGUGAAGGAUUCAGGAGAUCAUCAUGAAUCCAAAACCAUCAAUUGCGUGAAAACUUCAGCGAUUACAGGGGUUGGCUUGCAGGAGUUGCUGAAUCUUAUAGAUCAGAAGCUAAAUAAGGAGGAAUCUGAUGAGAAAAGGACUUUUUUUCCUUGUGAUAGGAAAUGGAGACCCUCCGACACUGCAGACGACGAAAAGGCUGCAGAACAGUAGAUUACUUCUAAAGUUCUAAUAGAGAUGGGCCUCGACAUACUUAUUUAUGAAGCUGAACUGCUCCAAAAUAUCAUGUGGCAGAUUUUUAUAUCACCAUUUUGUGGAGAAGACAUACUUUCCUGAUGAUAUCUAACUCAAAUGGGAGCAUGUAGCGUCAUUUUGUAGUUCUUUCCGGAGGAGUCACAUUCUUUUAGUAAUAAGAUGGUAAUCUUUGUUUCUAGCUGCCUCUGCAUUUUCAGCUUAUCAAAUGCAGAAAGAGCAACAAAAUACAAGGCUUAUGAAAAUGUACUUAAGAGAGAUGAUGUGAUAAUAGUUUUACCUCUUUCCACAUGGUUCCUCAGGUGAUAUGUAGCAUCUUGUGACAAACGCAUUCUUUACACAAUUUGAUUUCUUAUUAAUUACUGUUUCUUUUUUUUUGUGUA